AUGGCUCGCGGAGAGACCAACCAAGCCAAGCUUUUUUACAAGGGCGCCGACGAGGUCUUCGCGAUCUUUCUUGACAGCGUCGAGGACUACGAGAAGUGGCGCGAAGACAAGUCGAUCCCCCUCGCCCAGGUUGUGUCGUCGUUCAAGGUGUUUACCACCGGGAAACAGAGCACGACGGGCCUACUGGAUGGCGCAUCCAAGUCAACACUAGAGAACGAGUUUGGUACGUCUGUUGAUGACGAUGUCGUGUUGAAGAUUCUGGAGGGAGGAACGCUGCAAGAGGUUCAGAUGCCGGAGCGCCAAGGUCCCAAGAACGAUUCUAACGGGGUAUACGGCACCCGCUAG